AUGGCGGACAGAGAGAAGAGGAAACCCAGUCCGCCGCCUGGCCGCGACAUCCAGGUGAACUCUCCGGCCAGCUUCAGGUUGACCCAUGACAUCAGCCUGGAUGAGUUUGAAGAUGACGACCUGUCAGAGAUUACAGAGAUCACAGACGAGUGCGGGAUGAGCCUCAACUGCAAUGGCCCGGAUAUAAAGGGCCAUGUGAGGCGAGGAACCAAUAGCAUGUCGGGGAGGGCAGAACUGGGUGCCGUCGGCCAGCUCCAGGCAGAGAUGCUGCAUUUGGACCUCAUUGACGGUGCUGACGGUUACCGCGGUGACAAAGAGUCCUUGAAGGCGUCCGCCAUCGCACCCCCGCCAUUCACCAAGGACCCUGCAGCACCUGUUACCAUGGAUACCUACCGUCCCAAGAGACCCACGACUCUUAACCUCUUCCCAGUUGUGCCACGCACACAGGACACAUUAAACAACAACUCGUUUGGAAAGAAAUACAGUUGGCAGGAGAAGGUUUCGGGCUCUUCCUCGCCUCUAAAAACAGGUGAUCUUACCCCUCCACGUGAGCACAGCUGUCUGAGCGACGAGGACAAGGUACAGGGCGGCGGGGCGCAGACCAAAGACCGCGGCACAUCCACCGAUGCCCCCUGCAGACACAGCCACACCUCUGGACACUCGCACAGCUCAUCCUUAGCGGCGACACGGUCCAAGCUUCAGGAGAAGCCACCUGCACCGCCACCACCACAGAACUACACACCAGCUCCUCUGUACCCAGCAGGGAAGGCGGAUGGGGGCGGGCACCACAGGGAGAGGAUCCGCUACCAUACAGAUGUUCAUCUAGAGCCCACAGAGGAGAUUUAUCUGACUCCUGUGCAGCGCUCUGCUGACCCCCUGGAGCCACCCAGCACGCAGGACAGGCCUUUCCUCUCACAGCAGACUGAGCAGGGCCGUAUGUCCAUCAGCUCUGAUACAGAGGGCCCACCUCCUUACCAGCCCCUCCCAGACCGGACCAACGCCUCCAUCUACGAGGAGGACGAGGUCUACAUUCCUCCACCUUCUUAUGCUUCAUGUGUAGAGUCCCUCAUAACACCGCCUAGCAUGGCUCUCUCAGCACGCUCCUCCCUUGCACUGGACCUCAGUCUGAAGGGGACAGGAACAGGCGCCGGGGUCAUGCUGAGAGGUGGCUCAUCUGUGGAGUACGUGGACGCCACAGAUGAAAGCUACUGUGGGGAGGAUGAGGAUGUGGACAGGGUAAUAAUGGAUGGAAGGAUGAGGAAGGGGGGAGGAAAGGGGGAUGGCGGCAGGGCUGUUCCGCUAAGGACUUCCAUGAACUCGGACGCCAGCGGCCUUUCGUACGACUCAGUCAAAUACACGCUGGUGGUGGAUGAGCACUCUCAACUAGAACUGGUCAGUCUCCGGCAGUGUUACCAAGGCUACAGCGAUGACAGCGACUCAGCCACCGUCUACGACAACUGCGUCUCGUCUCCCUACGAGUCGGCCAUCGGUGAGGAGUACGAGGAGGAAGAUGAAGAGGAGGAUGGCACUCGGUUGGGAGGAGUUAGGAGAGAGGCCACGGCUUGUCUGUCUGAAGACUCCACUCCAGAGGCAGACAUGCACUUCUCCAAGAAGUUCCUCAACGUCUUCAUGAACGGACGCUCUCGAUCCUCCAGUGCAGAGUCUUUUGGCUUAUACUCUUGCAUUAUAAACGGAGAGGAAAAAGAUCAGAGCCACAGAGCCGUUUACAGGUUUGUCCCUCGACACGAUGAUGAGUUGGAGCUGGAGGUGGAUGAUCCGUUGCUGGUGGAGGUCCAGGCUGAGGAUUAUUGGUACGAGGGCUACAACAUGCGAACUGGUGCCCGUGGGAUCUUCCCAGCUUAUUACGCUAUAGAGGUGACAAAGGAGACAGAGGAGAGCUACAAAGUGAAGAGCAGUGAAUGGAUGGACACAUACCGUCUGAAGUUCCUGGGCUCAGUCCAAGUGCCCUUCCACAAAGGAAACGACGUUCUGUGUGCAGCUAUGCAGAAGAUUGCAACCAACAGAAGGAUGACAGUCAAGUACAACCCGCCAUCUUCAUGCAUCCUGGAGAUCAGUGUGAAAGGCAUCAAGCUCGCAGUUCAGGAGGAUUACUACGCCUGUGACAGAAGUAACGAAUGCAGUCACUUCUUCCAGUUAAAGAAUGUCUCCUUCUGUGGUUAUCAUCCCAAAAACAGCAAGUAUUUUGGUUUCAUUACUAAGCAUCCGGCAGACCAGAGAUUUGCCUGUCAUGUAUUUGUGUCUGAGAACUCCACCAAGCCUCUCGCGGAGUCAGUAGGGAAAGCCUUCCAACUGUACUAUAAAGAGUUUGUGGAGUUCUCGUGUCCUCCAGAAGACAUCUACCUGGAAUAG